CAAGAACACAUCCGCCAUAUUGGAAAUUUACUUGCAACUUUUUCUCGUUGAAAUAUUAAUGAAUUUCGUGAUAAUAAAGAAAAGAAAGGCUAUCAUGCUUUAAUCAAUUUGUCUUUAGACAAUGGUGAUUCAAUAGAAGCAACAACUGAUUUAAAAAACACAGCAAAUGGCUGACACACAGUCACCCCGGGCUGGUGGAAGUAGAGGAAAGGGAACCAGUGAUCCAAUCAAGUUCUUACCAACUCUACCAGCAAAACGCAGUAAACCUCAAUGGCAGUCAAACCCACCAUCUUUCUUCCUAAAUGGUAAACCAUCAGAGGAUAAGGAUAAAAAUGGAAUCGAUUUAAUAGGAGAACUCACAUCAAGAGAUACAAAAAGAAGUAAAAGGAACCGAAGCAAGACCUGGGAUUCUCCAAACACUAACCAAGCCAAUGGAAACCAAAGUCAAUAUGCACAUCCUAAAAAGGAUCGAGAAAACUUCCGUAAGGCACUUGUGGACAUCAUCAUGCAGGAAGAGGACCCUCCCAAGCCUGCAUCCCCUGAAGGGGACCUACCACCCCUCUCAAGGACUGGCUCACCCACAUCUGCGGAAAAGGACAUUCUGCGCUACUACUAUUACAUCCACAAUGGCAUAGACACAGAACAUGUAGCUCCAAUGGAAGACUCCUGGUUGGAACAUGUGCUCAGCCUUGUUCCUGCAGAAUUGAAGAAUGGUCUUAAUGACACCAUAGAGAAUCUCUCAGAUGAAAUGAGAGAAGACUACCUACUGAGUGUCAAGAAAGCAAUAGUUGACUUUGUUCUGAAAGACCCACGUGAGAAGGAAGAUGACAACAAGGAGAAGCUCCCACCACACCGUGAGGAGCUUGAAGUUGUGCCCAAACCCUGGUACAACCAUUAUGUAGAAAGCUAUGCAAUCUGUGCCUCUGAUUUACAUGUAACUAACCCCUGUAUGAUGCAAGUACUGGACCUCUGGCACACAUCAUUUGGGAAAUUGAGAUUUGUUGACAUUGAAGAGUUCCACAAUAGGCCUGACUCCAUGGAGCUGUCUGUGUUCCAGAACCUGUGUAUGAGACAUGUGGAGUCUGCUAAGGAGAAACUGUUGAAGAGAUGGUUCCCUGAGGUUCAGAACAUCUUCUACCAGGGUAACAAGCGUAAGCAAGUACCUAGCAACCAUGACCAGGAGAGGCUGGAGUCAUUCUUCAACUGUGCUGCCACGAUGAUGACCCAGCAUCUACAGGAUCUUGCCCUGGAUUCUAUUAAUGACUAUUCAAACCUAUUGGUACAGCCAAAGACUUCUACUAGAGCCUAUGAACAUUCAGGGUUUAUCUUGAGACUUGUGUUAGACAACACAGAGAUCAAAUAUGAGCCAAACUUUCAAGAUUUUGAAAUAGUUCUCUUGAAUGUGUAUGAUGUCAUGAUCAAAGCAGCCAGUAUCGUCCCUAGAGUAGAAACCAAACUUUAUUCAGAAUGGGGUGGAGACAAGAACCACAUGUACUUAAGUCCCGUAAUACUGGAGAACAUCCUUACAAGACAUAAGGAGAGUGUCAAGGCAGUCAUUGAGAAAGAGAGUGCUGGGCCAAUACAUCACUCCAAGCUCUAUGACAAAUAUAACUUCCUCAUCUCCAAACAAGCUGAGGCAGAUGUGGAACAGUUCUUACAGGAGGACCACACCUUUAAUGAGUAUGCCAAAGAGGUGCGAAAGUACCACAAGCUAGUGGACCAGAUACAAUAUAAUUCAAGGAAGGUGAUCAGACUGGGAAUGUUUGAGGUUCAUUGCGAUGAGUUGAUCCGAGGCCUGGCAAAGAGAGCAGAUACUCUCUGUAGUAGACUACUGGCCAAGAUGUCCAGAGACCACCAAGAAGCUAACAAAGCUUUAUGUGAUGAGUAUGAGGCAAUAGCUGAGAAGGCCCUCACCACUCCACCAACCACAGAGAAGCUCAUGGAGCUGAUGGCCUUCAUAGACAAUGUAGAAAAGGUCACCAUAUUCCAAUUGGAGGAGCAGCUAGUCCAUGCCAAAGAUCGUUUAGCAUUUUUGGUUGAUUAUGCCUCAUUCUCCCCGGCAGAGAUGCGACUGAAUAGUAAUACAUUCAUGUGGAAUGGACGCAUGCCUGCAAUCUUUGAAGAGCAUAGGUUGAUCAUUGGAGAGAAGAGAAACCAAUAUGAAGAAGCACUCAAGCUUCGACGUGAAAGGUUCAAUGAAGAAAUUGAUGGAUAUGCCAAACAGGUGGAAGAAUUCCAGACAUUUGGAGAUAUGAAUGAAAUAAGUCGUUAUCUAAGAAAGUGCCAGGCUUUAGAUGGGAAACUUCAAGCAGCUGCUGACAAAGUUGAGGCAUUUAACACUGAGGAAGAGUCAUUUGGAUGGGAGACAACACAGUACCCUAAGCGUAUGACAACUAUCAACAAGCUGAAGCCAUAUCUAACGCUUUAUGAAAGCACAGUAGAUUUCAAUACUAAAUAUAAAGAUUGGAUGGAUGGGCCAAUGAGUGGAGUUGACCCUGAUACAACAGAACAAGAUGUUGGCAAUAUAUGGCGUGCUCUCUACAAACUUGAAAAAGUUUUUGAUGGUGUCCCUGCUGCUAAGAAAAUUGCACAAAAAGUUAAAGCCAAGGUAGAAGAAUUCAAGGAACACAUGCCACUUAUACAAACAUUAUUCAACCCUGGUUUGCGAGAUCGCCAUUGGGAUCAAAUCUCUGACAUAGUGGGCUACCCUCUCAAACCAGACGAUGAUUAUUGCUUGUCGAAACUAGUGGACAUGAACCUGGAGCCAUUUAUUCCCAAGUUUGAGGGAAUCAGUGAGGCUGCCAGCAAAGAGUAUUCUCUGGAGAAGGCCAUGGAGAGAAUGAAGAUUGACUGGGAACCGAUGGAGUUUGUGAUGAUCCCAUACAGAGAGACAGGCACAAGUAUUCUAUCAUCUGUUGAUGAGAUCCAGCUGUUGCUAGAUGAUCACAUUGUUAAAGCUCAGACCAUGAGGGGAUCACCAUUUAUCAAACCCUUUGAAGCAGAAAUAAAGGACUGGGAAUACAAGCUAGUGACCCUACAAGAUGUCCUUGAUGAGUGGCUGAAGGUGCAGGCCACCUGGCUCUAUCUUGAACCCAUCUUCAGCUCCCCAGACAUCAUGGCACAGAUGCCUGAAGAGGGACGUCGAUUCACAACUGUUGACAAAAAUUGGCGUGACAUCAUGAAAUCCGCCAUCUUGGACAAGAAAGUACUGUCAGUACUAAAUAUUGACAAGAUCCUAGAGAGACUGAGGAAAAGUAAUGAGUUACUGGAGUUGAUCCAGAAGGGACUUAAUGAGUAUUUGGAGAAGAAGCGAUUGUAUUUCCCACGCUUCUUCUUUCUGUCCAAUGACGAGUUGUUGGAGAUUCUGUCAGAGACAAAGGAUCCAACUCGCGUACAGCCUCAUUUGAAGAAGUGUUUUGAAGGAAUUGCCAGUUUGAGUUUCACAGAUAUCCUAGAUAUCACACAUAUGAAGUCUAGUGAGGGUGAGAUUGUCCCCUUGAAGGAAUCCAUUUCUACCUCCAAGGCUAGGGGACAGGUGGAGAAGUGGUUGCUGGAGCUAGAGACACUCAUGCUUACAUCUGUCAAAAUGGUUGUUAAAGAAGCAAUAGAUGACUACCCGAACAAGAAAAGAAUUGAAUGGGUGCGUGAAUGGAUGGGGCAAGCUGUCCUUGCUGCUACACAACUCUACUGGACAGAAGAUGUACACAAAGCUAUCAGAGAUGGCCCUGAGGCAAGACAAGCCUUUUUGGAAUUAAACAACUCCCAGAUUGAUGAUAUUGUGGAGCUUGUUAGAGGCAAGCUGUCUAAACAGAACCGAACCACUCUUCAGGCUCUCAUUGUGCUGGAUGUACAUGCCAGGGAUGUGCUUGCACAACUAGUGAAGUUAGACAUCAGUGAGGAGAAUGACUUCCAGUGGCUGGCUCAGCUAAGAUACUACUGGGAGGAGGGUGACAUGGUGACUAGGAUGAUCAACUCUAUGUUGGCCUAUGGUUAUGAAUAUCUAGGGAACAGUGGAAGACUGGUCAUCACACCUCUCACUGAUAGAUGUUAUAGGACAUUGUUUGGAGCCCUACAUCUUCACUUGGGUGGUGCCCCUGAGGGUCCUGCUGGAACAGGGAAAACAGAGACCACCAAGGAUUUGGCAAAGGCUGUUGCAAAGCAAUGUGUUGUCUUCAAUUGCUCUGAUGGUCUGGAUUACAUUGCCCUUGGAAAGUUCUUUAAGGGUCUAGCUUCAUGUGGAGCCUGGUCAUGCUUUGAUGAGUUCAAUCGUAUCGACCUUGAGGUAUUGUCUGUAGUGGCUCAGCAGAUUCUCACCAUCCAAAGAGGGAUCAAUUCUGGCUCAGAGACUAUGAUAUUUGAAGGCACUGAGAUCAAAUUGAACCCCACAUGCUCGGUGUUCAUCACUAUGAACCCUGGCUACGCUGGGAGAUCAGAUUUACCAGAUAACUUAAAGGCUUUGUUCCGUACAGUGGCUAUGAUGGUCCCUGAUUAUGCUCUGAUCUCAGAGAUCGUACUUUACUCUUGUGGUUUUGUGAAUGCACGUCCUCUCUCUGUCAAGAUUGUUGCCACCUAUAGGUUAUGCUCAGAACAACUGUCAUCCCAGCACCAUUAUGAUUAUGGUAUGCGUGCUGUCAAAUCUGUACUUACAGCUGCUGGAAAUUUAAAGUUGAAAUAUCCAGAAGAAAAUGAAGACAUCUUGAUGUUGAGAUCAAUCAUUGAUGUCAACUUGCCUAAAUUCUUGAACCAUGAUUUGCCACUAUUCCAUGGCAUCACAUCUGAUCUGUUCCCGGGAGUGACCCUCCCUACCCCUGAUUAUGAGAUACUGAAUGAGGCUGUAAAAGAGAAUGCGGCCAAGAUGAACCUUCAGUGCACAGACUUCUUCUUGGAGAAGAUACAACAAAUUUACGAGAUGAUGAUAGUGCGUCACGGCUUCAUGAUCGUCGGUGAGCCUUUUGGUGGGAAAACCAGUGCGUACCGUGUCCUUUCAGGAGCAUUGGCUGAUAUACAUGAGAAGGGACUGAUGGAAGAAAACAAAGUCCAGAUAACUGUGAUAAACCCCAAAUCUAUCACAAUGGGCCAGUUGUAUGGACAGUUUGACCCUGUCUCCCAUGAAUGGUCUGAUGGUAUACUGGCUAUAUCAUACAGACAAUUUGCAUCAUCUACAACACCAGACCGUAAAUGGCUGAUAUUUGAUGGACCUGUAGAUGCAGUUUGGAUUGAGAAUAUGAAUACAGUGCUGGAUGAUAACAGGAAGUUGUGUCUUAUGAGCGGAGAGAUCAUUCAGCUGGCCAACACAACCAAUCUCAUUUUCGAACCCAUGGACCUUGAGGUUGCAUCACCUGCUACAGUGUCUAGAUGUGGUAUGAUCUACAUGGAGCCUGCCUCACUUGGGUGGCGACCUUUAUUUAAAUCUUGGCUCAACAACUGGCCUGCAACACUCAAUGAUAUGCACAAGAAAAUUCACGAGGACAUGUUUGAGAGGUUUGUCGAUGCUGGGCUUCAAUGUGUGAGGAAACAAGUGAAGGAACUUUCCCCCACGUCAGACAUCAACCUGGUCCGCUCACUGAUGAACCUUAUAGAUUGUCACUUUGAUGAGUUCAGAGAUGAUUCUGCAUUUGGGGCUCUGGAUGAGAGACAGGUCUGCGCCUGGUUGGAGGGUAUCUUCAUAUUCUGUUUGACAUGGUCAGUGGGUGCCAGUGGGAAUGAGUUAGGACGUAAAAAAUUCAACGACCUUGUGCGAGAACUCCUUGCAGGUGGCAUGACGGAGGAAACAAGGGCCUCUCUUAGUUUGAUCAGCUUAGUUGAAGCCCCUAUGAAAAACUACUCUGUCAACCUUCCAAAAGAGGGUCUCAUUUACGAUUACAAAUUCUCUAAGGAAGAGAAUGGAAAGUGGAUACGGUGGUCAGAAGAAUUGGAAGAUCUGCCACCUAUACCCAAAGAUGCAUUGUUUAAUGAGAUUAUAGUGCCAACAAUGGACACUGUGCGAUAUACAUACCUAAUGAGCACAUUAGUACUUCAUAAUAAGUCUGCACUUUUCGUAGGACCGACAGGAACUGGCAAAAGUUGCUACAUCACAGACUUUCUACUAAACAAGCUAGACAAGGAAGUAUACAAGCCAAACAUCAUCAACUUCUCAGCCCAGACAAGUGCUAACCAGACGCAAAACAUUAUUAUGUCCAAAUUGGAUAAACGUCGUAAAGGAGUCUUUGGACCACAGAUGGGAAAGAAAUGCGUUGUCUUUGUGGAUGACAUGAACAUGCCUCAGGUUGAGACAUAUGGAGCCCAGCCUCCCAUAGAAUUGCUACGUCAAUGGAUGGACCAUUGGAACUGGUACGAUCUCAAGGAUUCCUCCAUGAUUAAACUUGUGGAUGUUCAACUUAUGGCAGCUAUGGGUCCACCUGGAGGUGGAAGAAAUCCAACUACUCCCCGGUUCCUGCGUCAUUUUAAUACAGUGACAAUCAAUGAAUUUGAUGAUGACACUAUGGUUACCAUCUUUGGUUCAAUAAUGGAAUGGCACAUUUCAUCUAAAGGUUUUAGCCAGGAGUUCAAGCCGUGUUGUGACCAGAUCAUCCAGGCAACUCUAGAAGUGUAUAAGGCUGCCAGUCAGAACCUUCUGCCCACACCAGCCAAGAGUCACUAUCUGUUCAACUUGAGAGAUUUCAGCCGUGUCAUCCAAGGUGUGCUGUUAUCAGAACCUGAAGUGAUGGAGGAGCCAGCUGCUAUGAAGAGACUCUGGGUGCAUGAGGCAUUCCGUGUGUACUAUGAUCGUCUGGUAGACAACUCAGACAGAGCAUGGGUGACCCAGUUCGUACGUGACACCACUAAGAAACACAUGAGAGAGGACUUUGAUCAAUUGUUCAUCCAUCUAGACUUUGACGGUGACAGCAAAGUGGUAGAAGAUGACCUCAGGAGUUUGGUGUAUUGUGAUUUCUCAGACCCCAAGUCUGAUAACAAGUUCUAUCUUGAGGUUCGUGAUCUUGAGAAUCUGCGUACAGUUGUAGAGGGGUACCUGGAGGAGUUUAAUAACAUGAGCAAGAAGCAGAUGAAUCUUGUACUCUUUAGAUUUGCCAUUGAGCAUGUGAGUCGUAUCAGUCGUAUACUGAAACAGCCCAGGAGUCACGCCCUGCUGGUGGGUGUAGGAGGCUCAGGUAGACAGUCCCUGACACGCUUGGCUGCACAUAUGGCAGACUAUGAUGUGUUCCAGGUUGAAAUCAGCAAGAGUUACACAUCCUAUGAGUGGCAUGAAGACGUCAAGAAUAUCUUACGCCGUGCCACUGCAACAGAUAACCAUGCUGUCUUCCUCUUCUCAGAUACGCAGAUCAAGCAAGAGUCAUUCUUAGAGGAUAUUAACAAUCUGUUGAAUGCUGGAGAAGUCCCUAAUCUCUUCCCACUUGAUGAGAAGCAAGAGAUUAUUGAGAAAAUGAGGCAACUUGAUAGGCAAAGAGACAAAAGUAAGCAGACAGACGGCUCCCCAGUUGCACUGUUCAACUACUUUAUUAGUAGAGUAAGGGACCAGCUCCACAUUGUGCUGGCUAUGAGUCCUAUUGGGGAUGCUUUCCGCAACAGACUUAGGAAGUUUCCAUCACUUGUCAACUGUUGUACAAUUGAUUGGUUCCAGGCGUGGCCAGCUGAUGCUUUACAGGCUGUAGCAACUAGAUUCUUAGAUGAGAUUGAAAUGCCACAAGAAACCAGGAGUGGAUGUAUUGAAAUUUGUCAGGAGUUCCAUCAAACGACAAGUGACCUUUCCGAUAGAUUCCUCAAUGAACUUGAUCGUCACAACUACGUCACUCCCACUUCAUAUCUUGAGUUAAUCAGUACUUUUAAGGCACUCCUUGAUGAGAAACGAACUGAAGUUAUGACAAACAAACAGAGGUAUGAGGUAGGUCUAGAGAAACUGCAGUCGGCUGCCUCCCAGGUAUCAACUAUGCAGGUGGAGCUCACUGAACUGCAACCACAGCUGGUUGUCGCUAGCAAAGACGUAGAUGAAAUAAUGGUCAUCAUUGAGAAAGAAUCUGUGGAAGUGGCCAAGGUUGAGAAAGUUGUGAAAGCUGAUGAAGCAGUUGCCAAUGAACAGGCCUCAGCAGCCAAGAGCAUCAAAGAUGAGUGUGAUUCUGAGUUAGCUGAAGCUAUCCCCAUCUUGAACCAAGCCUUAGCUGCCCUGAAUACCCUCACCCAACAGGACAUCACUCUGGUAAAAUCCAUGAAAAACCCCCCAGGGAUGGUGAAGCUGGUCAUGGAGGCAGUUUGUGUGCUAAAGGGUGUCAAGCCAGAGAAGACUCCUGACCCAUCUGGCUCAGGGAAAAAGAUUGAGGAUUAUUGGGGACCUGCUAAACGUAUGCUUGGUGAUAUGAAGUUUCUAGAGGGACUUCGUGAUUAUGAUAAGGAUAAUAUCCCAGUUGCCUACAUGAAAGUUAUUCGCUCUAAAUACAUCACCAAUCCUGAUUUUGAUCCUGACAAGAUCCGUCAAGCUUCCACUGCUUGUGAGGGUCUGUGUAAGUGGGUCAGAGCUAUGGACUCCUAUGACAAAGUGGCUAAGAUUGUUGCACCGAAGAAAAUAGCCCUUAAGAAAGCUGAAGAUGAACUAGCAGUUGCCAUGGAGGGCCUCCGUAAAAAACAAGCCUCGCUUCGUGAAGUCCAAGACAAACUAGCAAAACUCCAAGAGAAGCUUGAUGCAAACAAGCAGAAGAAACUUGAUCUUGAGAAUCAGGUAGAACUCUGUUCUAAGAAACUUGAGAGAGCAGAGCAGCUGAUUGGUGGAUUAGGUGGAGAGAAAGACAGAUGGAGCCAGAAUGCAAUUGAGCUUGGAAAGCUUUACACUGACCUGACAGGGAAUGUUCUCAUAUCUAGUGGCCUAGUGGCUUAUCUUGGGGCUUUCACUUCUGCCUUUAGACAGGACCAACUGAUCUCGUGGCACAAAAUGGUGAAAGACAAGGAAAUUCCUUGUUCUGAUGAGUUCUCUCUUACCAGUGUGUUGGGAGACCCUGUACAGAUCAGAGCCUGGAAUAUUGCUGGUCUGCCCACUGACAGUUUUUCAGUGGAUAAUGGCAUCAUCAUCAGUAAAGCCAGAAGAUGGCCACUUAUGAUUGAUCCACAGGGUCAAGCCAACAAGUGGGUGAAGAACAUGGAGAAAGCCAACAACCUUCAUUGUAUCAAACUGACAGACAAUGACUUUGUUAGGACCCUGGAGAACUGUAUACAGUUUGGAACACCUGUGCUGUUGGAGAACAUAGGUGAGGAGCUUGACCCAAUGCUGGAGCCCCUAUUAUUGAAGCAAACAUUCAAACAAGGGGGAGCUAUAUGCAUCAGACUGGGGGACAGCACAAUAGAAUACUCUCAUGACUUCAGAUUCUACAUGACAACCAAACUGAGAAAUCCUCAUUACCUUCCAGAGACAUCUGUAAAGGUGACAUUGUUGAACUUCAUGAUCACGCCAGAGGGUCUAGAGGAUCAGCUAUUGGGUAUUGUAGUGGCCAGAGAGAGACCUGAGCUGGAGGAAGAAAAGAAUGCACUAAUCCUGCAGAGUGCUGAUAAUAAGAGGCAGUUAAAGGAAAUUGAGAACAAAAUCUUAGAAGUGUUGUCUUCGUCUGAAGGCAACAUCCUCGAGGAUGAGACUGCAAUCAAAGUGUUGUCAUCAUCUAAGGUCUUAUCCAAUGAAAUCUCAGAAAAACAACAAAUUGCAGAAGUGACAGAAAAGAAAAUUGAUGAGACCCGCUUGGGAUACACACCUAUUGCAACCCACUCGACUAUUCUGUUUUUCUCAAUCGCCGAUCUAGCAAAUAUAGACCCUAUGUACCAGUAUUCUCUCAAUUGGUUCAUUAAUUUGUUCAUCAUGUCUAUUGAUAAUGCUGAACGCUCAGAUGUCUUAGAGACAAGACUGGAAAAUCUCAAGGACCAUUUCACAUACUCCCUAUACAACAAUGUAUGUAGAUCUCUAUUUGAGAAGGACAAACUUCUCUUCUCAUUUAUUCUAUGUGUGAACAUUCUCAAGCAUAAGGACCUUGUUAAUGAAACUGAAUGGAGAUUUUUGCUGACUGGAGGUGUUGGGUUAGAUAACCCUCACAGUAACCCAUCUACCUGGCUACCUAGUCAAUCUUGGGAUGAGUUCUGUCGGCUUGAUGAGCUACCAAAAUUUACUGGAAUGAGGAAGAAAUUUAUUAACUACAAGGAACAAUGGAAGGUCCUUUAUGACAGCCCUGAGCCACACAAUGAGCCUUUGCCACAAGAAUAUGAAGAAAAGUUUGGAAUGUUCCAGAAAAUGUUAGUUCUCAGGUGUUUACGUCCUGAUAAAGUAGUUCCAUCUGUACAACAAUUUGUUGCCACUAACCUAGGCCAAAAGUAUAUUGAGCCGCCACCAUUUGAUCUGCCCAAGUCAUUCAAUGACAGUUCAUGUACAGCUCCUUUGCUGUUUGUACUCUCACCAGGAGCUGAUCCUAUGGCUGCUUUAUUGAAGUUUGCUGAUGAUAUGGGCUUUGGUGGAGCCAAGCUUGAGUCCCUCUCUCUGGGUCAAGGUCAGGGGCCCAUAGCUCUUGCUAUGAUAGAACGUGGGGUGAAAGAAGGAACGUGGGUUCUACUUCAGAACUGCCAUUUAGCCUCAUCCUGGAUGUCAACUCUGGAAAAGAUUUGUGAGGAAUUAAACCCUGAGACAACUCAUCCAGAUUUCCGUCUCUGGCUCACCAGUUACCCAUCUCCUAAUUUCCCUGUGUCUGUUCUGCAGAAUGGAGUGAAAAUGACCAAUGAACCCCCUAAAGGACUGAGAUUCAACAUCAUUAGGUCAUACCUCAGUGAUCCUAUAUCUGAUCCAGAGUUUUUUGGAUCCUGCAAGAAUCCAUUUGCUUGGAAGAAGUUACUCUAUGGCUUGUGCUUCUUCCAUGCCGUAGUCCAGGAGAGGAAGAAGUUUGGUGCCCUUGGGUGGAACAACCCAUAUGAGUUCAAUGAAACAGAUCUCAGGAUCAGUGUCCAGCAGCUACACAUGUUCCUGAAUCAAUAUGAUGAUGUUCAGUAUGAAGCUAUCCGCUACUUGACUGGAGAGUGUAAUUAUGGAGGACGUGUGACAGAUGAUUGGGAUAGGCGUGUACUAACAACCAUCCUACUAACAUUCUACACUCCUGAGACUGUGGAGAAAGAGAAACAUGAUUUCGAUGAAAGUGGCCUUUAUUAUUCCCCAGGAGAUGGAGAUCAUGAGAGUUACAUAGAAUACACAAAAUCUCUGCCACUGAAUUCAUCUCCGGAGAUCUUUGGUAUGAAUGCUAAUGCUGACAUCACCAAGGACCAAGUAGAAACCCAGCUGCUCUUUGACAACAUCCUUCUUACACAGGCCAAAGCAUCAUCAGGUGGUGGAAAAUCCACUGAUGAAGUUGUAGAUGAAGUAGCUGCAGACAUUCUCUCAAAGCUUCCGAAGCUAUUUGAUACAGAAGCUGCACUGCGUAAGUUCCCAACCUCCUACAAUGAAAGCAUGAACACUGUUCUGGUACAGGAGAUGGGACGCUUCAAUAAACUACUUGCAACUGUCAGCUCAAGUCUGCAGAACAUCAGGAAAGCCAUCAAGGGUUUGGUUGUGAUGUCCCCAGAUCUGGAAGAGGUGGUAUUGAGUAUGUUAAAGGGGAGGAUUCCUGGCAUGUGGAUGAAGAAAUCCUACCCAUCACUGAAACCACUUGGGAGUUAUGUCAAUGACUUCCUUGCCAGGCUCAAAUUCCUUGAGGACUGGUAUGAGAGUGGGGCCCCACCAGUGUUCUGGGUGUCUGGCUUCUACUUCACACAGGCAUUCUUAACAGGUGCCCAGCAGAACUAUGCCAGGAAAUACACUAUUCCAAUAGAUCUCCUGGGCUUUGACUAUGAGGUUUUGGAUGAUAAAGAAUACAAAGAAAAACCAGAGGAUGGUGUAUAUGUCAAGGGCCUGUUUGUUGAUGGGGCCAGGUGGGAUAGGAAGCACAAGAUACUGGCAGAGUCUGCACCUAAGAUACUCUAUGAUCAAAUGCCUACAAUGUGGUUAAAGCCAAUGAAACGUGAUGACAUCCCAGUGCGACCCAGCUAUAAGGUUCCUGUAUAUAAGACCAGUGAGAGACGUGGUACUCUGUCAACCACUGGACAUUCAACUAACUUUGUCAUUGGCAUGGUCAUUCCCUCAGACAAACCAGAGGCACAUUGGGUCAGACGUGGUGUUGCCUUGCUGUGUCAGCUGAACAAUUAAUAAAAUAAAUCAAACUCUUUGUAAACAUUCAGAAGUCAGUCUUCAGUCUCCUGAAUAAAUGAUGAAAGAAGUUGUUUUAACACACAUGCGUAUUUCUUUUAACACAAAGCUUGGACUUUGCAGUUUUAAAUGAUUUUCAAAUUUAGAAAUUAUAAGUAAUUGUGAUAUUUUAAUUCCGUCCACAAUGAUACAGUCUAAUCCAAAGCCUUGAAAAAUCCAUUGAACAAGUGCCUAACUGGCCAUGAGCCAUGUUUUUAU